AUGCCUUCAAACCAGAACCAUGCCUUUGAUGAGUUCCAAUGGGUCAUUCACAUCCGUCAAGUCCUUGAGGAGGAGUUUGACAGUGAUGAUGAGUAUCCCAUCUCUAUCACCACUGUACCAAAACUGUUGCUUUGUAGUAAGCCAGAAAACUAUAUCCCUCAAUACAUUGCAAUAGGCCCUUACCACCACCACCGUGAAGAACUCCAUGACAUGGAGAGAUACAAGCUCUCUGCAGCCAAAAGAACUCAAAACCAGCUAUCCAACCUCAAGUUUCAAAAUCUUGUCGACCUCAUCGCCAAGCUCGAGCAUCGGAUUCGUGCUCAUUAUUAUAGGUAUCUCAAAUAUAGCGGGGAGACACUGGCGUGGAUGAUGGCGAUCGAUGCCUCGUUUCUGCUUGAAUUUCUCCAAAUUUAUUCGGUCAAUGAAGGCAACACCUUGCAAAGAUUUUCCUCCAUAAUGCCUCAUUUGAUGGAUUCUAUUAGGAGGGCAUCAACUCAUAACAUGCUACUUCGUGACAUCAUAAUGCUAGAGAACCAGAUCCCACUUUUUCUAUUGCAAGCAAUCUUAGAAGUCCAGUGCUCAUCAUCUAAAAUUGCUAAUGAAAUAUUAUACUCUAUGUUGGUUGGAUUCUUAAAGGAUCUGUCUCCUUUGAAGAUGAUAGAGAGCUCUUCAUGCAUCGAUAUCACAGAAUACUCCCAUUUGCUAGAGUUCUUCUACUAUAGCAUAGUCCCUAAAACUGAAGAACAAAUUGAAACCAGUGAAGAAACUGAUCAUGAUGAGAAAUCAUAUGAGAGUGUUAGACGCAUCAAACAGCUUGUUGGUGCAACUAGAGAUUUCAUCUCUCGCCGGACUAGAGCUUUAGUCUCUGCAAUCAUUAUGUUCUUAAUGAAGCUCCCAUGGAGAAUUGUAUCGAGUCUGCCAAUUCUCUCGAUCCUAAUGCAGCCCGUUGAGCACCUCCUCUCCUUCAAAAUGAAUCAAAACUCUGAACCAAACAAUGAAUAUCUAAAUCAUAGUAAUACUACACCAUUGCUUGAAGAGAUUGUGAUCCCUUCAGUGACAGAACUCAGAAAUGCAGGCAUAAAAUUUAGUCCCACUAAUGGAGAUCUAUCAACAAUUGAUUUUAACAUAAGGACUGCAAUAUUUCAUCUACCAGUGAUUAGUCUUGAUGAUAAUUCUGAAGUCAUUUUGAGGAAUUUAGUAGCAUAUGAGGCUUCAGUUGGAUCAAGACCUUUAGUUUUCUCGCGAUACGUCGAGCUAAUGAAUGGAAUCAUAGACACCAUGGAGGAUGCAAGGUUGUUAAGAGGAGGAGGAAUUAUAUUAAACCAUUUGAAGAGUGAUCAAGAGGUUGCUGAGCUUUGGAAUGGGAUGACAAGAUCGAUCAGGCUAACAAGGGUCCGAACUUUAGAUAAAAUUAUUGAAGAUGUGAAUAAUUAUUAUUGCAGCAGGUGGAGGGUGAAGAUAAGGAGGUCUUUUGUGUCACCUAUGGCUGUGCUCCAUGGUUUCAUGGUAAAUGAGCUAGGUUAUGAAUUAGCAACAUGCAUGCUUUGA